AUGCUUGGUCGACAAGUGGUGGUCACAGCUGACCCGGAGGCCAACCAUUUCAUCCUUGAACAAGAGGGGAAGUCAGUGGAAAUGUGUUACUUGGACUCUGUAGCUCAGCUUUGCGGACACGAUGAGUCAUCUGCUGGUGCAACUGGUCAUAUUCACAAGUAUCUUAGGACCCUGAUUCUGAAUCACUUCGGCUAUGGGCGCCUCAGAUAUAAGCUACUCAAGAAAGUGGAAGCCAUGGCACAUAAAAGCCUGGGAGCUUGGUCGAGCCAACCGUCUGUGGAGUUGAAUCGUGCAACUUCGCAGAUAAUGUUUGAUUUCAUUUCGAAGGAGUUGUUUAGCUAUGACCCAAAAGGAUGCACAGAAAGCAUGGGCGAUGCAUUCAUCAACUUUUUAGAUAGCUUAGCGUCCGUCCCCUUGAACAUACCUGGUACAAAGUUUCAUAAAUGCUUGAAGAACCAAAAGAAGACAAUGAAGAUUCUGAGGGAGAUAGUAGACGAGAGGUGUGCUUCUCCUGAGAUACGCCGUGGUGAUUUUCUUGAUUAUUUCCUGGAAGGCAUGAAAAAGGAGGCGUUCAUAACCAAAGAUUUCAUUGCGUUCGUAAUGUUUGGGCUUCUCUUUGCUAGCUUUGAGUCGAUUCCCAUUAUGCUUUCUUUAGCCCUUAAGUUAAUAAUGGAACACCCACUAGUGUUGCAAGAAUUGAAGGUUAACCUGAAUGAACAUGAAGCUAUUCUUAGAAAUAAGGGUACUUCAAAUUUCACACUCACGUGGGAAGACUACAAAUCCAUGACUUUUACACUUCAUGUCAUCGAUGAAACACUUAGGAUGGCAAAUGUUGGUCUGGGGAAUUUUAGAAAAGCUCUAGAAGACAUAAAAAUAAAGGGACACACAAUUCCAGCAGGGUGGACAAUUUUAGUUGUCUCCUCAGUACUUCACAUGGACCCAAAUAUAUACCCUGAUCCUCUUGUUUUCAACCCGUGGAGGUGGAAGAAUGGAAGAUCUAAAAUCACAACCAAGAAUUUCACGCCAUUCGGCGGGGGCAUACGCUUUUGUCCAGGAGCAGAACUUAGCAAGCUGACAAUGGCCAUAUUUCUUCAUGUGGCAGUCACCAAAUACAGGUUUACAAAAAUUAAGGGAGGAAACCUAGUUCGACAUCCAGUUUUAAAAUUUAAAGACGGGUUUCAUAUCAAGGUUUCAAAGAAGAUGAGUCAUGAAGAUGGUGCUGAAAGAGAAGCCAAGUCAGGGAGUGUAUCAAUCAUGUAG